UCUUCAUGCCAUCCCUUAAAUUGCUCUCACCUAGUAUCUUCAACUAGCUAGCUAGCAAGUUUGUUGUACGGCCAUGUCUUCAGGUUCAGCUGCAUUCAGGGCGGCCGCGGUAGCGGCAGUACUAGCCUUGCUGGUUCUACCUUCCUUGGGCCGAUGUCCGUCGCUAGGACCAGCAGCACCACCGCCAGCGCCGGUGACACCACCAGUCUUCGCGCCCGCCCUGACACCAGGGCUGGCGCCGUCGGUAUCAUGCAACGACUGUAUCCGGGCUCUCAUCCCGGGAUGCGAGUCGAAUUGCUCUGCCUAUGCGACAGCGAGUUGCAGUUGGAGAUGCAACCAACCAGGCUGCGAAGAGUGCAGGGCGAUGAAUAGCAAUUGCACCACCUGCUGCAACGACGGAACCUGUAGCUGCGACUGCAAAACCACCGGCGACUUCGACUGCCGCGGCCGCUGCCAAGACCAAGUCAGAAAUUGCCGCCCAUGCUUCGAAUCCACAGUGGGUUUCUGCAUGUCCGACUGCAUCAGUCGGGCCCUCGUCAGCCCCUGCCAUGCCCCCAACUGCACGGAGUCAUCACCGCCAGCUUUGGAGACACCACCACUACCCCCCGCGUUGGAGACACCACCGCCAGCGCCAGCGACACCACCAGCCUUCGCGCCCGUACUGGCGCCAGGACCGGCACCGCCAGUAUCGUGCUAUGACUGCCGCGUCUCUCUCAUCCCGCCAUGCCAGUCGAAUUGCUCGGCCAUUGUGUCCGCGUCAUGCCUCAAUAGGUGCAACCCCCAAAACCAGACGCUAUGCGAAGAGUGCAGGGCGAUGAAUAGCAAUUGCACCACCUGCUGCGACGACGGAACCUGUAGCUGCGACUGCAAAUACGCGGACGACUUCAACUGCAUCGACAGCUGCUACGACAAUUACACAGGAUGCCAGAACUGCAAAGCGACGGAAAUGAACUACUGCAUGGCCGACUGCCUCAGCGCCUGCGAUGCCACAUGCCCGAAGGAUCCAUUAUAUAACUAGUCGAGGUAGCUAGUAGCUACGCUACGCAUGUGUUUGUAUCUCACUACUACUCCAUGUGUGCUUUUUCAUGGAUCCAUGUACUCUUCUACUCUGUGGUCCAUUUUACUUCCAUGCGUGGCUAUCACUUGUCACUACUCAAUCUUAAUAUGUUUUCCUAC